AUGGCAUUUGAUAAAAGCGUAUUUGAGUUCAACGAAUUGUUCAUACACUUUAAAUUGUUUAAGCUAUUUCAUAUUUUUCAUUUAUUUGAUCCAAAUUGCAAAAAACUUUGGAAUUUCAAUGUUUACCAUCUAGCUUGGUACACCAUAUAUUGCGUUAUUGGUUGUACAAUAACAUUCGGAUUGAUGGGUUAUUUUACUGAGAUGGAAGAUGAAUUCAAUAUCGUAAAUCACAUACAGAUAAUAUUUUGUAAUUUAAGUUAUUAUUUAUGUUUAGUUAAAUCAAUUACAUUUUUUUACAAAGCAAAUGACAUUUGGAAUUUACUCAAUGUUACUCGUAUACACUUUAUGACGAGUACACAGUGUCAAAAACACUUUGAAAUUCUUCAUAAAUAUCGCAAAAAAUUAAUAAAAAUUACAACUUACAUUAUUAUUUUUGCAAGUACAAUUGCCAUCCAAUGGUUCUUGUGUCCUCUACUGAUGAUGUUAUUACAUAAAGAACAUGCAAACCAAUCAAAUCAACGGUUUGAGAAUAUUAUCAACCUUCAGUUCCCCGUGACCAUUAGUUACUAUAAUAAUAAUUUUGUUAUAUUUUAUAUUAUCGAGUUAUCUAUUAUGUUGUUUCUGUUAUACAUGUACUUAUUGAGUGAAAUAUUCUUUAUUUCUCUCUGCUUUGCUUUUAUUGCUCAAUAUGAAGUGAUCAAAAUAACUUAUGAAAAUGUCAACAGUGAAUUGAAUUCCAAAAAUAAUAAUGAAAACAAAAAUGAUUAUCACGUGAGCGAUUGUUUUGAUGAUUUAGCAUCAAUUAUGAAAGAUCAACAAAAACUUUUUGAGAAGUUAAAAUUAUUUCAUUCUACGUAUAAAUUUAUAAUUGAAUCAUGUCUUGUAUUAUAUUCGGGGCUUUUCAUAAUUUUUAUAUAUGCAUCAGCUGUGAUUUUCACGUCGUCAGAAUCAAAAUCAAUGUUAUAUCUAAUCAAAUUGAUAUCAGCAUUUGGAUUCGCUUUUAUUAUUUUACUUCUCCUAUGUUAUUUAUUUGAACGCAUUAAUAACAAUGUAGAAUCCGUCCAUUUCGGGAUGUAUAGUUGUAAUUGGACUUCGAUGAAUUUAAGAUCGAAACAAAUGUUGUUGUUAUCAAUGCGAUUGAAUAAUGCUAAUGAAUUAUUGAUGAUGAAAAUAACACCGAGAAAAAUUAUCAACCUACAAUUUUUUAAUAGCGUGAUGAUCACAUGCUAUAACAUUCUCUCAGCUAUGUUGAAUAUAAGCUCUAAAUAUAAAAUAAAAUAA